AUGCCCGCCAUUAGCCGUGCGGUGGUGCUGCCAGAGAACUUGGGGACCUCCUUCGGGCAUGCCCACUACGCGCCAGGCUUCGCGUUCGGCGAAGCCCUGCAGCACGUCGAAAACCUGAAGGCGAACGAUCACCCGCGCAUCAACGCCAGCAGGUUGGAGACGGCGGGGCCGUGCACAAUCGCCGAUCUACCCGCGCAGUUCGGGACGGAAUGCGGCAAAAUGAUCCAGCAUUUCGAAGAUUACCUUGGCGACUACGAGGGCGAGGUUCCUCGGGACACUCUGCGCGAGCGCGCGAAGGCGCGCGACUUCGAGGGCGUGCCCGAGCCUUUCUCCUUGAAGAUGGAGCCGCCUGGCCAGUGUUCCAUGCAGGUGGUCACUGUCAGGAAACCCGACGGCAAGCACGACAUCUUGAAGGACUCGAACCUCCUGGGGGUGCUGACCAGCACAGACUCGUGCCUUCAGAUGUGUUGCGGGACUGGUCUGGGAUGGCGCUAUGGCAACCUGUUUAGGGUUGGCCGCUUGACCGCGCAGCGCGUGCUGGCGUGCUGGAGAAGCCGGGGGGGGGUCUACCAGCUGCGCUACCACACCGUGGCCCCCAAAGCCGGCAGGGGUGCUGCCAGGAAGACGGCGUGGUCUGCGGCGUACCGCUGGGUCCGCCGCAAGUGCGGCGGGCGGAUGCCGAGCCACUGUGAUCGGCAGCAGUGGCGCGACCUGAUCGCAGAGUUGCAGUGGCGAGCGCUGGCGGCCACCCAGACCAGUGAUGGCGCGCGGGAGCCCCGCCUGCAGAGCCUGCGGGCUUGCAGCGAGCGGCGCGGUGACGUCUUCAGGAGGCCCGUCGAGGCGGACUCCGUCUCCCGGAGCAGGUGCUCAUACUGCAAGCAGGUAAGAGAGUGCUGGCAGGUGCGCGACCUGCCCAGCUUCGCUCGCAGCCCGCACUGCGCAGAGUGCUGGGAGUACUACGAGGACUGGCUCUUCAGCGACCUCGCGGGCUUUGCUGGCCUCCUCCCGGAGGGGCCCCUCGUGGAGCCGCUGCAGCCCGUGGGCAUGGCGUCGGUGGCCGUCUUCCCCCCGGGCCGCAGGCCGUGCGGCAGCGACCGGAACGUCGCCAUGGUGUACGCGAUAGGGCCAAACUGCGGCGGCAGGCGCAAGAAGGGCCGCAGGGAGCAGGACGACCUGUCCAAGCAGGACUUCCUCGCCGUCCUGGAGGUGGCCGGGGGGGCCAUCGCGGCCGCCGUGGCCGCGCACAACGCGGGCGCCGAGGAGGAGCGCCUGCCGCCCAUCGACGUGCUGCGGAUGUGUCUGCUGAGCGGCGGCGUGUACAAGCACCCCGGCGCCUCCAAGGUGGAGGUCGCGUCCAGCCUCAUCGCGGGCCGGGCUCGGGCGGCCCGCAGCCGACGGCCCUCGGCACUGGCGCGGGCCGGCCAGGGCCGUCCACGGCAGGCGAGGCAGACGGUGCUGACCUGAAGUCGGGCCUGUCGCUCUACAGGAGGAAACUCCAGAAAUAGCCAAAAAUAGUCUGGGGACG